AUGGACGCUCUCAUUUUCGGUUCCCCCCCGCGUGAGGUGGGUGAUCGGGUUGACGUGGUGGCUGAUGUCUUGGUUUCGGCCACCGAUGGCUGUGGCCUUCGCAUCCUACCUUUCGGGAUUGAGUGCACCUUGUUAGGUCCGCAUGUGCCACCCGGUCGUGUGACCUUUUACGGUUUGGAGGUCUUUGAGACCACACCUUGCCUGGUUUUGGUGCCUGCCUCUGACUUUUGGUGGAAGCGUGCCACUGAUCCAAAAGAACCGCUGGCUCCUUUCCUGCUUGAGCUUUGUGCCGGGUUUGGGGGCAUGUCGAUAGGGGCUGCCUUUCUAGGUGCUGUGCCGGCUGUGUCGGUGGAUUUCUCUCCUCUUUCCAUUCGCCACUUGAGGGCCAACUCUCACGGACAGGUCUUGGAUCUGGACUUGAACGAUCCAUUGGCUCCUCGUUCGGUUCAUGCUGCUUGCCCGGAUCAUGGUUUCACAGGCGAUGGGUUUCGAAGUCUUGGAUCUCACAUUCGACUUAGGAUUGGGCAGGUACUUCCUCAGUGGGGCACUUGGAGCGAACCGGACGAAUCAGAGCUUCAACUGGACACCGACGAGCUAGCUCUUUAUAUGGAUCCACGGCUUGGCAAAGAAGACAGGUUCCUUCAUCCUAGGGAACUCGCUGCGCUUCUUGGAGUACCAGAUUCUGUUCAGCUGAUCUUGGAGCCAAGAGAAAGCAACUGCCUUCUAGGCCUGAUUGCCUCUCCCAUCCAGAUGGUUUGGAUUUACGCCUCCCUUGUUGAGAACUUUCAGCUUGCUACCGGCUCAGAAGAAGUUCUCAGGGCCACCGAAGUCUUGGACAACUACAAGAAGGAAAUCCUGCGGCAGAUACAUGACGGCUUCCCUGCCAUGGACUCGCCUCCUCUGCAUUUUCAGCUUUGGUCCAAUGGUGCCUGCCUGGAGAUCCUUUGCAGCAGGGCUUCUACGGCUGGUUCACUUCUUUCGGCAGAAAGGAUCCAACUGGAAUGGGGGCAACACAGUCAGGUCACCAUCGGGGACACUCUCCCCAUCGCUACUGAGGCAGUCCUUCAGCAGAACGGCUCCUACCUGCUAGAAAGCCAUGGCAAACAUCAAGUCCGGGAAUGCCCAACGGGUGUGCUGGUUGUCGGCAUUGUGCAUGAGGGUUCACUGAUCAUCGAGUGCGUUGAGCCAGGCAGCUUUCUCUUUUCCAUUCUUCGGAAACAUCAGCUUCAGCAUACCCUCUUCCUGCGGGAUGAUUUGGGGAGGGUCUACGGUGCGGACUUCGGACUCUGGCGCUCAUUGCGCCUUACCACUUUGCCUUGGCUCGUCAGUGGUUGGCAUUCUCUGGUUGGCAGGGGUCCUCCUACGCACCACACUGACGGUACUCGUCUUGGCCUUGGAGACCCUGUGAUUUGGAGCACACUUCAAAGCCUGAUUCGGCAGAGAGGACUUACCUCGGCUGGGCCCGUUCUUGCCUUCUCACCUACGCAGGCCAAUGCAUUUCUUCAAGCACCUUCGCUUCCUGCACCCGCAGCAGCGGCUACACAAGGGCCGGCUCAGAUCCUUUGCAUCUUCCCAGCAGAUGAGCAUUGGGCUUUGCUGCAUGGAAUUAUUCAGUCGGAGGGCAUCUCCUGGACUUACUACGAUGGACUUCGAGACCGGCUCCUUUCUUCGGCUCGUUUGCUCUCUCGGAAGAUCUCUUCAUGGCUUGGACUUUCAGCAGUGGAUUUUGACACCCGUUCUCUUUUUACUCAGAACGAGGAGUACACCUGCGGCACCAUCGCCAUCAUUCAUGCCUGCCUUGCAUUGGGCUUUCCGGGGGACUUCACCGAAGACCACAUUCUUCGGGUCCAUGCUCAUCUGCUCCGGCACGAUCGGAAGGGGGACUUCGUUGGCCGUGGCCCCACCGGGCGGGCUGAAACACUCAGUGAACUAGCCGCGUCCAAGACUCCAUGGGCAGCACUCAAAGCCGAAGCCAGCAAACCUGCCUUUCGUAUUCGCUUGGUGACACCGCUUGAGUUAUCACAGCACGUGCAGGAUCGCGAGAAGACCCACUUUGGCGCCUUCUCCUCUGCCAAGAAACAAAGAGGCAACAAGGAGAAGAAACUUGCGGCCAGGCCCAUCAAGGUCGACCCUUCAGCGAUUGAACUUUUUCCCAACACCUUUGUCGACGAAGAUGGGAAUACCAUUGGAGCCAUUGACUUCCAAGACGUCGCUGCAGACCACAGUGGAAUUGCCCUUUGCAAUGCCGAAGGGGCAGCACCUUUCUUUGCCUCGGGUAGCCUUAGCUCUGACGCACUUGCCUUGGCUCUCUUUGAUUUACCUGAGGAAGACAUCAUCUCGGCAGCCCACAUCCAGAAGUGCAUGAUCCCGGCCAAAUACAAAGCCACUGAGGAACCUGUGGUCUUCUUUGGGGGUCUCCUUCAGCUGGGCGAUAUCCCUGUCAAGCGAAAGGCAUCCACCUCUAUGCCGCAGCCUGCCAUUGUUGCAUCGGCAGUCCUCAAAAUCCAGGCCUAUCGGGACAUUCUUGGCCCCUCGUGGGACGCCCUCUCAAAGGCUCCCAUCCGUGAAAUCAUGGAAGCUACUCCUGCACUACAGCUCUGCAAGGACAGCAAAUGCACUGGCAAGGUUGCAGAUUGUUUGAAGGCCCAUCCUGCAGUUGACGAGCAGUACUAUGGGGUCAUCCUUGACCUUUGGAGCCGGCUUUUUACUUCAAUGGAGGGCAAACGGACCGAGGCCACGGAGGCAGACUGCUUUUCAGUGCUGAUCAGGGUACCAGCAUCUAUGGUUCAACAGAUUCUACAACAGCAGCCGGCAGGCCUCUUCUUUGAGCCGCGCUGCCAGACCACCCAAGGCCCGGAUCCACGCUACAGAGUCAUAUGGCUGCCUGGAUUGGACUUUUUGGCUGCCUCACAUCAGGCCAAGACCUGUUCCAAGACUAUUUGCCUCAUGCGCAUCAAACAGCGUUUUGGAGUCCGGGUACUUGCCAAGGAUGAAGCUACUGCCUUCAAGGCUCUUCGACCCGGUGUUCCAUUUUUGGAUGUUGAAGUCAAGCAAGUCUACAGUCUCAUGCCUUUGCCGCACGGGACCCAGAAGGCUGCCAUUAGUGCUUUGCUGAAAGAAUGGAAUUGGCAAGCCAAGCCAUUGCAACCCGGCAAAGGUAAUGCUGGCCACAUGGCAUGGACUGUCGGGGCUUCUGACCCGCCACCUCAGGCGAUCAUGCCGGGCUUCCAGCUGGACAUCAUCAUCACGGCAGUUUCCAAGAAGGCAUCCACAGUCCCAAAGCCCACUGUCAUGGCCACUCGCAAAACCGAGCAGCACAUCCGCAACAUGGCGGCCACCUCACAGGCUGCCUCAACAGACCCAUGGCACAACGGCCACAGCAAGGACCCAUGGGCCAAUUUCCGGUCCUCCCAAGCCUCCAGCUCCUUGGCCGCUCCAGCCGCCCCUGUCAGGAGGUACGACGAUUUGGCCAAGGAAAUCAGGCCGGUGUGCUUUUGGCUUUACCUCGGGCAGCGCGCUCACAUCUUGCAAGGGCUGGUCCUUUUCUCGGGGGCUUCGCCUUCUUUUCUUCUCCAUGCUCUGGCCCUGCUACUUUGCGGCGACCUCGGUCGCAUUCAGUUCUCACUUCAUCAUGUGGGGGCUCAAUCCAUCAUCCUGGCUAGCAUCUACGGCUUCCCACGUGGGCCUACAUGGCCGGCUGCGCAAGAGCUCACUUCUCAGCUCCUGGCCUUCAUCUCUGAGCAUCUCGUCGUGGGCUACAACGGGCUUGCAGUGAUAGCUGGGGACUUCAAUUUCAGUCCCGGUGAAUUGGCAGAGAUGCAGCUUUGGACCUCCUAUGGCUGGCAAGAAGCUCAGCUGCUUGCACACCAUCGAUGGCAUACGCCCAUCCAACCUACAUGCAAAGGCAGCACACAUAGAGACCAGCUCUGGCUCUCUCCACGGCUUGCUGCACUCUGCUCCGAAGUCUCCGUUGAGGACAUCUUUUUGGACCAUAGCACAGUCAUCGCUUCGUUUGACCUUUCUGAGGUACCACAUACCUACCUGACAUGGCCACGACCGUCCGAAGUUCCAUGGACCGGCAUUGCCGUGGACGAUUGGCAUACACAUCUGGUUCCGCCUGAGGUUUGGUGCCACCAGGAUGCCACCGUCUACUACCAGCACUUUGCUCGUCAAUUUGAAGAUUCUCUGGACGGCCAUUGGUCUUCUCAACCAGGUCAACCGCUGCCUUCUCGAUGCAAAGGACGGGCGCAACGCACCAGUCCUACUACUCAGCUCUCCACUCCGCCUUCAUGCAAAGCACAUAGGCCUGGAGAACUGGCUUUGACUUAUCGGCUACCUGGACGGGCAGUCUUACUAUGGUACAAACAACUGCGUCGGCUACAAUCAUACUUGCACUCCAUUCGCAAAGGCACUGCCACCAUUGAAGCCACCAUCUACCGAGCAGAACUUUGGCACUGCAUUCGCCAUGCUAAGGGCUUCAAGGAUGGGUUUCCUUCCUGGUGGAAUUGCCAAGAAUUCGUUUUGACCAUUGGAGAGUUCCCUCUUUUUCCACCUUCGCGCAAUUUGGCAGAGGUUCUCUUCGCUACCUUUUUGCAAGCUUUUCGUGAGUUCGAGACUUGGCACUUCAAUCAGCGCCUCGACAUCCUCAAGGCCAAACGUCAGGCCACAAUGGAAGGGCUUUUUCAGGAUCUCCGGCCUCCUGGCAGAGAACAAGUUGAUUGUCUUUGGAGGGAUGAAGAAUUUACUCCCCUUUUGGAAGCUGAUGACGAGGGAGUCAUCCACCUGGACGAGCCGGCCACUCUGGCCAAAAAUUCCAUUUGGUUGCUGGAUGGACUUCCUGCCGCCAUUACUCCAAUUGCGGACACGGUUGUACUGGUGGACAUGCCCAGCGUGGUCUCAGAUUGUUCCUCUUUGACUCAACGUAUCUUUGCCUCUACCACAGGGGAGAUUCACGAAGCCCUGGGCCGCUUUUGGCAGGACAGAUGGUACCUGAGUGAACCGCCCUCACAAGAAGCGUGGACACGGAUCACGGCAUUCACCCAGGCCUUCAUGCCGAUGGGUCGUUUCUCCUUCGGGCCAAUCACCAUCAACCAAUGGCGGGCCUCAGUCAAGCGCUUCAAACCUCGGGCUGCUCGAGGAGCCGACGGCUUUGGCAAGCAAGACCUUCAGUUCAUGACUGACAGUCAGAUUCUCGCUCUCCUUUCACUCCUCGAGGCCAUAGAAACCGGCCAAGCGGGUUGGCCCACACAAAUGUUGGAAGCCUUUGUCAUUGCUUUGGCCAAGAAAGACUGCUCACACACACCUGACCACUUCAGGCCUAUCGCUUUGCUCUCGAUUGUCUAUAGAUGCUGGUCAUCUUUGAGGGCGCGUCAGUUUCUUCGCCAACUCAUUGCAUACAUCCACACGGAUGCCUACGGCUUCCUCCCGGAGAAAGAGACAGCGCAGAUCUGGCUCCUUCUUCAAGCUCACAUCGAAUGCUGCCUUCAAGCUGCUAUGCCCCUUGGGGGUCUCUCUACAGAUGUCGUCAAAGCCUUUAACCACAUACAAAGGCCUCCACUCUUCUUUCUUGCUGCUCAUGUUGGAGCUCCCCCACGCCUUUUGCAACCGUGGGCUGAUUUCCUGGUUGGACUUCGUCGGCGAUUCAUUGUCCACAACGAGCUUGGAGAAGCUUACCUGAGUAAUGUGGGCUUCCCUGAAGGCGACCCGCUCUCCACGGCCGCCAUGGCAUUGCUGGAUUGGUCAAUGCAUGUCUAUCAGUCUCGGUUUGCCCCCUCCGCACGGACCUACAGCUUCGUCGACAAUAUUUCCAUAGCUGGCCACCAAGCUCAACAUGUUGCAAUGGCCUACUUCUCUUUGCAGGCUUUUAUGGCUCUCUGGGGUCUGCUCUUGGAUUUCUCUAAGACUUACCUUUGGGGCACCACCAGCGACAUGCGCAGUCAGCUUCGGCCACUUGGACUUCCUCUUUACGAAGAUGCCUUGGAAUUGGGCGGAGCUCUUUCCUUUGGGGCCGCUUGGCGUAACAGGCUUCUUCGGGCUAAAGGCACCAAACUUGAGGAUUGUUGGACUCGGCUUCGGCGGUCUACUGCCUCACUCGCGUUCAAGCUCAAAGCACUUCCUAUCGUUUGCUGGAACAAAGCUUUGCACGGUAGUGAAGCUUGUCCGCUUGGCUUACAGCACUUGCAAGCACUUCGGCGCCAGGCCACUUCGGCCCUUGGUCUUCGAGUCGGGGGGGCCAACCCCCUCCUUCGUUUGUCUUUGUCAGAGCCCCCUACAGCGGAGCCUGCUUUCUUUUUGCUGGUCCGUGUCGUUGACUGUCUUCGUAGGUUAUGCUUCAAGUCUCCUGAGCUUUUGGAUCGUUGGCAGUCCUUCAUGAGAGCUUACAGCGGCCGCACUCUUCCCGGUCCUUUCACACGCCUUGUGACCUGCUUAUCUGAGGUUGGUUGGUCUGUCACGGCUCCUCCGUUGGUGCUUGAUCAUGAUGGGUUCGAGCAUGACCUUUUGGCCUUACCACGUCAGGCUGUUCAUGAGUUGUUGCUCGAUGGUUGGUUGCAGCAUGUGGCACACAUCGUCAACAAACGGCAUACCAUGUCGGACCUGGCAGGAAUGGACACCUACCUUUCCCGACUGGAUCAUGACCAGCUUACGGCUAAACAGCUAGCCCAGACGCUGGCAUUAAAGGAGGGCGCAUUCAUUUCUGCAUGGCACCAGGCCAAAUUCGACUGCACCAAGCAGGCAUUUUGCGCUUUUUGCCGGGUUGCCGACCACCCAGGUCACUGGCUUUCGUGCCCACGAUUUCAGGACUUGCGCCUACACAAUCCGGAGCUGACUGAGGCAGCGGGAUGUUGGCCUCAAUGCACGGUUCAUCAUUUACUGGUUCCCAGAGCCGAUUUUGCGUUUGAGCUGAAGGAAUACUUUUUGCAGCUACCUGCUCCCGGAGACUUUCUUUCUAAGCCAGAAGAGGGGUUACAGGAAUUGUUUACGGACGGCAGUUCCAUUGACUUUGUUCCUGGAUACAUUAGGGCCGCCGCUUGGGCCAUUCAAAAUGCCACCACCGGUCAGCCGGUGGCCACAGGACACCUCACUGGACUCCUGCAGACGGUGAACCGGGCCGAGCUCACGGCCAUUUUGGUUUGUGUUCGUUGGGUGCUGAACUUUCGCGCUCGAGCGCGGAUUUGGACUGACUCCAAAUAUGCACACAACUGGCUGAGGGCAGGACUGGAACUGCAUGUUUCCCAAGUGCCACCUUCUGUUGACAACCACGAUUUGAUCAACGAGCUUUUGGCGGACACUGCGCUUCUGGACCAAGGGCAGCUCGAGAUUCGUUGGUUGCCUUCGCAUUUGGCUUUGGAACGCUGUGAGACCGCCUCCGAAGAGUGGGCUGUCCUUUGGAACGACCAAGCCGAUCGCCAGGCGAUACGAUCCAAUUUGGAUAGAUCCGACACUUUCUGGAGACUUGUCGCACGAGGGCAGGAACGGGUCGACACUUGGGUCCCCUUUUUGCGGGAUCUCCGACGCUUCCACCUUGAGGUUGGGGAUCACCUUCGGACUGCUCAGACUGACGAAGCUGACCAAGUUGUUGACGACACCCCCUGGGAAGAGGGAGUGCAGCAUUGUUCGUUGGACGCCCGACUCCCUGAGGCUUGGAUGAGCACUUUUCAACUGUUUAAGUCAGACAGGGUGGCUGAAUACGCCCACUGGCUGCUUGAAGCGAUUCGGCCUUUGCAGGACGAGUCCGCCGAUUUUCUGCCGGUCAGUUUCAUAGAACUCACGCUUUAUUUGUUCGAACGGGAGGAUUUUACCAUCCCACACGUGCGGGAAGGGCAAGAUCUUUUGAUUGCGCCCCGCAGGCUUUUCAAUCGACCUACGCUGGCCCGCAUGGUUCAUGCCGUUAGGGGGGCUGUUAGGGAGGUUUGUGACUUUUUUGAUCUUAGUUGCUAUUUGACCAGAGGUCCAAGAUUGGAAAGCCACAUUUUCCUGCCAUGUGACUGUUUGAUUUUGAGGCCUAGGCCCGAGGUUCGGAGCCAGCUGCGCGAGCUGACUUCGACAUUUUCUGGAGGACGAGGCAUUCGCAAGACUGCCGACUUGGCUCGUCCCCCUCCUUCGGAUCGCCGCUAA